AUGAAACGAUUGACAAAGAGUUCUGGCAACGAUGGUAUCCUGAUAAAAUCUCACACCUUGCAAGGCUACGCACAUCCCAUUAUUGAUAUGAGUUAUUUGGAUCCUUAUAUUUUUAAUGAUGAUGUGAAAGAUAAUGAAACUAACGUACAACUUUUUGAUAAUGAAACUAAUGUUCAUUUUUUUAAUGAUGAAGAAACGCAAGUAUGUCAUGAGAGAUACGUUCGUGAAAAGAAAUCUGAAAAUGACACAGAAUGUCCGAAAGAAGAACUAAAAUCCGAAUCAUGUUUUAAGGAAACACUACAAAGAGAAUCAGUAUUAAAGUCAACAAUAACACCCGAAUGCGAUCACAAUAAAGGAUAUGACACAGCUGAAAAGAAAAGUAUAAACAAAACACAUAAACAAAUAAAUUGGACUGAAUAUCAUCGGUUGAGUGUAAUACAUUCGUUCUUAGAUGAUCUGGAGUAUGAUUUUCCAUCGAUAUGUACUGUAGGAGUUAUUGGAAAUUCUAUAGAGGGCAGAAAAUUGAAGAUUCUCAAGGUCUCGAACAGUAAUGCAAGUAAUUCGGCAGUGUGGAUGGAUGCAGGAAUCCAUGCACGGGAAUGGAUCGCACCCGCUGUCGCUACGUACAUUUCUGAUCAUAUCGUACGAAAUUUCGCAACAUUGCCAACUAGUAUGACAAAUAAAGACUGGUAUUUUCAUCCAGUUGUUAAUCCCGACGGCUAUGAAUACUCGCACACCGUCGAUCGUAUGUGGCGAAAAAAUAGAGCCUGGUUUGGUGGACAAUGUGUCGGAGUUGAUCUUAAUAGAAAUUUUAGUUAUGGAUGGGGAGGCAAAGGAUCCUCGGAUAAUCCAACCAAUGCUUUCUAUCGAGGCCAAGUACCAUUUUCGGAACCUGAGUCGUGUGCUAUGAGAGAUAUAUUAUAUAAAUCCGGCAUUCCUUUCCAAGUGUACAUUACCCUCCAUAGUUAUGGACAAGUCAUACUGUUCCCAUUCGCGUACAGGGAUGAACUCUGCCCCGACUAUGUGCGGUUACUGGAAGGAGCCACUGUCAUGUCUAAGGCUAUAUACGAAAGCAGUGGAAAUACAUAUAAGGUAGGAAUAUCAAGGGAUGUAAUGUACGGAGCCUCUGGUACAAGCAAUGACUGGAGUUACGGCAAAGCCGGUAUCCCUUAUUGCUAUCUAAUAGAGUUGACAAGCAAGAAACAUAGAUUCAGAUUACCGAAAGAAGAAAUAGAAGAGACUGGAAGAGCAAUAUUAAACUGUGUUAAAGCGCUAAUGGACCAUAUUGAUAACAAAUCUAAAAAUGAUAAUGACAAUAAUUAAUAUAUCAAUAAAAAUUAUUCAAGCUAUAUAUUGCUUAAAAGUAAAAGUAACAAACACCAUAGUCUCU